AAGAAUCGGAAUCCUCGUGAUAAUUUAUCAAACGGUCACGAAAUUAAAAGAAUUGAAAAGAAAAAAAAAAAGGGCAUAACUCAACAGUCAACAUUUCUUACUUUGUUCAAGCCUCCAACCAAAUUAUAAUUAUCCAACCUUUUGUUUGCUGGAUUUUCAUCAUUAUACCUUCCACCAUACUCGAAGGAACCAAACUCAUAAUCGGCUUUUGAGCUUUUCUUUUCCUCCCUUUUGUUCCUUGAAAAAAAUCCAGCGCAGUUCUCACUGGACAAAACCCAACUCCCACGCCAAAAAGAAAUCUCGUACGUUUACCAGCAAUCCACUCAAACCGAUCAAAGCCCACCUCCCAAAAUGCAGAUACAGAGAUGGGUUUUCAGUCUUCUCUUCACUUUUUCAUUCUGCACUGUUCUUUCAGAAACCCUAGCUCAAACAGGAUCACAAACAAUAGUUUGCUCGGAAACAGAUAGAGUUGCCCUUAUUGGAUUCAAAGCUAGAAUUUUGAAGGACACAACAGAUAUUCUGUCAUCAUGGAUUGGGAAGGAUUGCUGUGGAAAUUGGGAAGGUGUUCAAUGUAACCCAGCAGGAAGAGUGAUCGCAUUGCAGUUGCAGAGGCCCUCAGAUAGAGACACUGACAUUUACAUGAAGGGAAUUCUAUCUCCUUCCCUGGCUGAUCUCCAGUUUCUGGAGGUGAUGGUGAUAAGUGGGAUGAAACGAAUAGGAGGCUCCAUUCCAGAGAGCUUCUCAAAGCUUAUCCAUCUCACCCAAUUUGUCCUUGAAUACAACGCCCUUGAAGGGUCUAUACCUUCUUUUCUUGGUCAGUUGCCUCUGCUCAAAAUUUUGUCACUUGGUAGCAACCAUUUGAAUGGACAGAUUCCUCCAGGUUUAGGAAACUUCAGUAACCUUGUUCAGAUGAACUUGGCCAAGAAUUCCCUUACAGGGUCAAUCCCACUCACCUUCAGAAACCUUUAUUAUUUGCAGUAUUUUGAUCUUAGCUACAACAAUUUAUCUGGGUCUAUCCCAGAUUUUAUAGGACAGUUUCAGAACCUGACUUAUAUCGACUUCUCCAACAACCAGUUCUCAGGUCAGAUACCCAGUUCCCUGUGUAACUUGGACAAUCUUCUGGACCUCUCUUUGAACCAUAACCAACUUACAGGAAGAAUCCCUGACUACAUUGGGAACUUGAAAGGACUUACCAGCCUUUCGCUGAGUGCUAAUGGUCUUUCGGGUCAAAUACCAGUAUCCAUUGCAAGGCUACAUAACCUUUGGUACCUUAAUCUAUCUAGAAAUGCUCUUUCAGAUCCUUUGCCAGCCCUUACAAAUGGCAUCCCCUCUCUGCUGUCUAUAGACCUGUCCUACAACAACAUUCAUUUAGAGAAUGUUCCUGAUUGGAUCACAAACAGAGCACUUAGAGACGUGCACCUUGCAGGCUGUAACCUCAGAGGAACCCUACCAAACUUUGCACAAAGAGAUUCUUUGAACUCCAUUGACCUCUCUGACAACUUUCUUGAAGGCGGGUUUUCCAAUUUUUUCACAAAUAUGUCAGGUUUGCAGAAGAUUAAGCUCUCAAACAACCAGCUACAAUCAGAUACUUCAGAGAUUGCAAUACCAGAUGGGCUUUCCUUUCUUGACCUCCAUUCGAAUCAGCUUAAAGGAUCAAUGUCAAAGCUAUUGCGCAAUAACACAAGCGGAUUUUUAGAGUACGUGGACAUCUCAAACAACCAAAUUACAGGUAAGAUUCCAGAGUUCAGUGAAGGUUCAGGGCUGAAACUGCUAAACUUGGCAAGCAACAAAAUUACAGGUCAAAUCCCAGGUUCAAUCUCAAACCUGCUUGAACUUGAAAGGUUGGACGUUUCAAGAAACCAGAUUGAGGGCACCAUACCCACAAGCUUAGGGCAGUUACUGAGGCUACAAUGGCUCGACUUGUCCAUCAAUGCAUUCACUGGCAACAUCCCAGAUACUUUGCUAGGUUUGCAAAGCCUCAGGCAUGUAAAUUUCAGGGCAAACAGAUUGUGUGGAGAGAUCCCGCAAGGGAAACCAUUCAAUAUCUUCCCUGUAGCAGAUUAUGCGCACAACCUGUGUUUAUGUGGCAAGCCCAUGCCACCUUGCAAGAGAGGAAAUCUACAGAAUUUGGGUCAGUAAGAAGCUGGCUCAGCUAGCAGUAGGCUCUUUUCAUUCCCCACUAGAAUUCUCAGAUUGAACUAAUACAUUGUUUCUAUUUUAUCAACAAUUGAAACUCAAUUUCUUCUUCCUGAAUACACUUCCAUCUAUACUGCAUUCUUCAAGGAACCAGGUUUAGAAAAUACACAGAAGUUAGAUUCUAGUGAUUGAAUUAAUUUGCAGUGAAUGCUAUCCCGGCCUUGGCACAAGAACAAGAAUUCCAUGUCUUAGUACUUGAUUGUACAUUGCAAU